GUUACCAGUAAAUAUACACGUGCAUAUUGUUUACAUUGAAAUCUGUGGUAACCUGUAAUUUGAUUUAUAGGAGUUAUUGCCCUUUAACUUGAAUGAAAUUGUAUGUGAUUAUGCAGUGCUCCACAUUUUGAAGAAGUGACAAUAUUAGAUUUUAUUUACAAAGAACCAAAUCUAUAACCUUUGAUAGUUUGCCUUAUUGAACACUGAUCUUUUGGUAGUUGGCACUACUUUUUCUGUGUUAUUGCAGUAUUUACUUUGACCCUCUGAGAAGCAUUGAUGAAAUCAAUCACAUAAGAAUGCUAGAGAUAAAAUGUUUCUUUUUUUUUUAAAUACUUGAGAUUGCUAGGAUAAUUUGCAACAGAACCACAUUCAAUUGGACUUGCCUAUCGAACAAGAAAUACAAUAAAAACAACUGUGCCCACAAACAUGAAUUUUGGGUUACAUCUUUAUCGUGUGUUUAUCUUGUUUUACAGUUAAAUUUGCUGACUUCCGCUGUGAGAGAUGUCCAAUCAAGCCAAGUUACAAUCAUGGCAAGAUUGGACUCAUUUAUUGAAACUUUCCAAUGCAGGGACUGCAUUAAGCAGGUGGUUAAGGAGUACAAGAUUGUAGUAAAAUCUGGGUCAACUCCAGGUAAAGAAAAAGCAAGUAAACCUGAAGAGCAACCGCAAACCAGCAAACCUGAAGAGCAACCGCAAACCAGCAAACCUGAAGAGCAACCGCAAACCAGCAAACCUGAACAGCAAACAAGCAAAUCAGAAGAACCAAUAGGUGAUAUAUCAGGGAUAGAAGUCAAUGAGAGUGAAGAAGACAAGACUACACUAGAUGAUGUAGAACAUUUUGAAAGUAACACUGAUGCAUUAGUGUGUCUUGGUGAGACCCGGUAUGGAAUUAAGAUGAAGUCAGCAGAUCUAGCAAGGUGUGAAGAACAAAGCCAGACAGCCGAAAAAUUUGUGUUAAACCUACUGGAAUAUUUAGUCACUAAAUCAGACUGCCAGGCCAUGACCGUGUAUGGUCAUGGCAAAAACAAGAGGGAAAUGGAUCCUCAAAUGAGGAAGGCCAUCAAA